CCUUCGCCGGGUGGAGCUUGUGAACGUGGGAGCGUUUGUGGCUCUGCUGCCCGAGUGAACACUGCUUGACAGGGGGAGGUGAGGCGACCCGUGCACGGGGGGGAUUUGAAGGGAGAAGUUAGUUUUUUUUUUUCCACUCGUGUGUGUCUCCGGCAGUUUGUGGGUCUACGGGGGAGGCGUGAUCGAGCACCGCAAAUGAUCCGUACCAGGCUAAGCAACAGGGCAAAGAGAGAAAUGUCAGGGACUGUGUCAGCCCCGAGAGGAGGGAAACGCGACUAGUAGGCACCACAAAAAAAAAAAAAAAAAAAAAAAAAUCCGCAACGCGGAAAAAAAAUAUUCAAGGGGGAGAGAAUGCGAAUGGUGAGGAGAUCCCGAAACCAGACAAAAUGGAAACGAUGUAGCGUCGCUGCGACAUUUCAUGUAGCCAGAAGUGACGGUAGAGUAGAGAGUAGAUAGCUAAAGGGGGCUAGCAGGUCUCACACACACACACACACAUGUGAAGUUAUUCCCGGGGAGAAGCUGCAGCAGAGAGCCGGGAGGAGUUCACCAGUGUUACGAAACCAGAGAAGAUCAUCACAAGAAGAUGCUCCGGAGAAGACUCAACCGUCUGUUUGGCGGCGAUGAGAGAAGAGUAGACAGCAGGACUAUCUAUGUUGGUCAUCGGUCAUCUUCCCCCACUGAGGCUUUCAUCCCACCCAAGUUCUGUGAUAACAGGAUUGUGUCUUCCAAGUAUACUGUUUGGAACUUUCUACCAAAGAACCUGUUUGAGCAGUUUAGAAGAAUUGCCAAUUUCUACUUCCUUAUCAUUUUCCUGGUACAGGUGAUAGUGGACACCCCCACCAGCCCAGUCACCAGCGGCCUACCCUUAUUUUUUGUGAUUACAGUAACCGCUAUCAAGCAGGGCUACGAGGACUGGCUGCGGCACAAGGCUGACAAUGAGGUGAAUAAGUACCCAGUGACGGUGCUGGAGCAAGGCCGGAGAAAACGGAAGGAGAGUGAGAAGAUCAAGGUUGGAGAUGUUUUGGAGGUGAAGGAAGAUGAGACCUUUCCCUGUGAUUUAAUACUGCUGCAGUCCAGCCGAGAUGACGACACAUGUUUCGUUACCACAGCAAGUCUGGAUGGAGAGUCGAACCAUAAAACACAUUACACAGUGCCAGACACAGAGAAGGAUCUGGAAAUUCUCAACGCCACCAUCGAGUGUGAACAGCCACAGCCUGACCUUUACAAGUUUGUCGGCCGAAUGCACAUCUACAAAACCGAUCAGGAGCCGGCAGUGAGGUCUUUGGGCCCAGAAAACCUCCUGCUGAAAGGGGCAACUUUGAAGAACACUCAGAGAGUCCUUGGUGUUGCAGUUUACACUGGCAUGGAGACAAAGAUGGCUCUCAACUACCAGGGCAAGUCUCAGAAACGCUCUGCUGUGGAGAAGUCUAUCAAUGCCUUCCUUCUUGUUUACCUUUGCAUAUUGGUGAGCAAGGCCCUAGUGUGCACUACACUCAAGUAUGUAUGGCAGAACAAGCCCGGACAGGAUUCACCUUGGUACAAUGAGAAAACCCAGAGAGAGAAGGAAACCAAUCUGUAUCUAAAGAUGUUCACUGACUUCCUGUCCUUCAUGGUGCUCUUCAACUUCAUCAUUCCGGUAUCCAUGUAUGUGACGGUUGAGAUGCAAAAGUUUUUGGGAUCCUUUUUCAUCACAUGGGACAAAGACUUCUAUGAUCCUGAAAUCAAGGAGGGAGCACUGGUCAACACAUCAGAUCUCAAUGAGGAGCUGGGACAGGUGGAGUAUGUCUUCACAGACAAGACGGGCACCCUCACUCAGAACAACAUGGAGUUCAUAGAGUGCUGCAUCGACGGCUUCCAGUACAAGUACCGGGACGCAAACUCAGAGUUGGACGGUUUCUGUGUCACAGAUGGACCUGUGAACAAAGUGCAGGAGAAAGCUGGCAGGGAGAAGGAGGAGCUGUUUCUGCGUGCCCUAUGUCUGUGCCACACAGUCCAGGUGAAGGAGUCUACAGAGCAGGGUCAGGGCCAAGGGGACGGACCGAUGGACCAGGUAGACGGCUUCGGGUUGGAUGGAGAGGUGCUCCAUUCACAGCAGGAGCAGAGAGGCUUUAUCGCCUCCUCACCCGAUGAGGUUGCUCUGGUCAAGGGUGCCAUGAGGUAUGGCUUCACAUUUCUGGGUCUGGAAAGUAGAAACAUGAAAAUUCGAACCAGGAACAAUGAUGUUGAAAUGUAUGAACUGCUUCACGUGUUGAACUUUGACCCGGUGAGAAGGCGAAUGAGUGUAAUAGUCAGAUCCAAAUCAGGUGAUACAUUGCUCUUCUGUAAGGGAGCAGACUCCUCCAUCUUUCCUCGCGUCAGACAAGAGGAGGUUGAAAGGAUACGCAUGAAUGUGGAGCGUAAUGCGACAGAGGGCUACCGGACACUGUGUGUGGCCUACAAAUAUCUCAGUGCAGAGGAGUACGCCCAGGCAGAUGCAGGAUUGAGGGAAGCUAGAUUGGCUCUGCAGGACAGAGAGGAGAAGCUCAUGGCUGUUUACAACCAAGUGGAGACCGGCAUGAGUCUAAUAGGAGCUACUGCUGUAGAAGAUCGGCUUCAAGAGGAGGCAGCAGAGACCAUGGAGGCUCUGCAGGGUGCAGGUAUGAAAGUCUGGGUCCUAACGGGGGACAAGAUGGAGACGGCAAAGUCCACCUGCUAUGCUUGUAGAUUGUUCCAGAGAAGUACAGAGCUUAUGGAGCUUACUGUGCGUACUCUGGAGGAUGGAGGGAGGAGGCGGGAGGAACGACUGCAUGAGCUCCUGCUUGAAUACCAUAAGAAAGCUGUAAAGGAUGCACCACCGGUUAAGGCAGGCGUCACCAGGUCCUGGUCUUCAGCAAACCAGGACUUUGGUUUUAUCAUAGAUGGAGCCACUCUAUCGAUGGUGCUCAACUCGUCCUCUGAAUCCAACUCAAGUCGCUACAAGAACCUGUUCCUGCAGAUUUGUCAAAACUGCACAUCUGUGCUCUGCUGCCGCAUGGCACCUCUACAAAAGGCACAGAUCGUUAAGAUGGUGAAGAACUCUAAAGGCAGCCCAAUCACCCUUUCUAUUGGAGAUGGGGCCAAUGAUGUCAGCAUGAUUUUGGAAGCUCAUGUUGGGAUUGGUAUUAAGGGUAAAGAGGGUCGUCAGGCAGUGAGGAACAGUGAUUAUGCCAUCCCCAAACUCAAGCACCUCAAGAAACUUUUGUUGGCUCAUGGGCAUCUCUACUAUGUCCGCAUUGCACACCUGGUGCAAUAUUUCUUCUACAAGAACCUUUGCUUCAUCUUACCUCAGUUUUUGUACCAGUUCUUCUGUGGUUAUUCCCAGCAACCCCUGUAUGACGCGGCCUAUCUGACGAUGUACAACAUCUGCUUCACCUCUAUGCCCAUCCUGGCUUACAGUCUCCUGGAGCAGCACAUCUGCAUUGAGGUUCUGCUGGACAACGCUACCCUCUACAGAGAGAUUGCAAAGAAUGGCAUGUUACGGUGGAGACCAUUCCUCUACUGGACUCUACUCGGAGUCUUCCACGGCUUGCUCUUCUUCUUUGGUGUUCGAUAUUUGUUCAGCAACCCAGCACUGCAGGAUAACGGCCAGGUUUUUGGCAACUGGUCAUAUGGAACGAUUGUCUUCACUGUCCUUGUCUUCACUGUCACACUCAAGCUCGCUCUGGACACCCGGCACUGGACAUGGAUCAACCACUUUGUUAUCUGGGGCUCCCUGCUUUUCUACGUGUUUUUCAGCUUCUUCUGGGGAGGAAUAAUAUGGCCUUUCCUGAAGCAGCAGCGUUUGUACUUUGUGUUUGCCAACAUGCUGAGCUCAGUGUCGGCCUGGCUGGUCAUCAUCUUGCUCAUCCUGCUCAGCCUACUGCCAGAGAUCCUGCUUGUGGUGUUCCGCAAGCCUCGUGGGCCCCACGCUCGACAGAAGAAGCCGGUUCAGUCGAACAUGGGGGGCCACCAGUCUCCCCGGUCUUCAGCCAGACCCCUGCUCAUGAGAACCUUUUCAGAUGAGUCCCAUACUGUCAUUUAAACAGACUGCAGCUGUCACACCACUAUCCUAUAAGCACCUAAAGGAGCGCCAGUGAAAGGCAGCAAGGACUGCGUCCCGUACCAUUCAGGUCAGAGCUGCCAUCAUGCCUGGUCUUAAAAGAAGAAAAGAAGAAGAGGAGGAGGGGAAAAAAAGAAGAAAAAGAGCGCUGUGCUGACUGGGGGGAAAAGGGAUAAAAAGGGGUUAAGCAGUCUUUUGACUUGCGUCUCUCCGUCCUUCUCUGCCCAAUCCCAACAGCUCCUAACCCCCCAACGCAUGCCUGCAGAGCAGUGCCCUGCAUUACUUUGUUUUUAAAAUAUCUACUCAGAUGACAGGCAUGAGUUUUGUUUCUUUUUCUCCUUUUUUUUUUUUUUUUUUUUUUUUUUAAAUACUAGCUUAUGAAUGAAUGAAUACACGGCUGCCUUGUCAGUAGCUCUAUCCAACUGCUGUGUUUUAACAAGCAGUUGUAAUAGUUUCCACUCUAAGAAUGGUUCACCUGCAUGAAAGAAGGCUCAAAAGAACACUUCACUCCACCGAUGCUCAAUCACUGUGUUCUGCAAAGUUGAAUGAUCCCAUUCCCUCCAAUGGUUACACUUUGAACGGUUAUUCUACUUUACAAUUAUUGUGCUUUAUAGCUAUUCUUUAAUGGUUUUAUGUUAUGUUGCUCUCAUGCACGGGUCUAAAUUAUUCAAGAUGAAAAGUUACUGAAGCUGAUUUCAAACUGUUGUAACAGAUUUCUGCUCUAUAGAGGAUUACAUGAUUAUUUGUUUCCAAUGAUGUAUCUGCUUUCUCUUUCGAAUACUAAGAUAUAAGAGGAGCUAAUGGAGGCCAUAUUACCACUCAGUCCAAAGUGUGUGUGUGUGUGUAUGCAAGAUGGAGAGAUAGAUUAGAGAUGUUAAGCAAUGAGACAUUGCUCGGAGCGUGUCCAAAAUCUUCCAACCUCAGAGAUAAUUUAAGAGUCAAUUUAAGAUGAGAAUAUUAAUAUAUAUAUAUAUAUAUAUAUAUAUAUAUAUAUGUGCUGUACUGUGUAAAUUUAGCUUAGAGAUUUAUGAUAGCAUCUGCUCAAAGCCAAAAAGAUGAACGUAAUGCGAUCAGAUGCGAACGAGUGUGACCCGAAAGUGACAAGUCAGUGUGUGUGCGUGUGCGUGUGUGUGUGUGUGUUACUAAGUGCAUGCUGGAUGAGUAAAGCCAGAAACGCCCGUAUGUCACGAAAAACCAGGAUUACUUGAACCUCAUUGAUGUAGUUCGCCUAGAAAUAUCCUGCACUAUAAAGGAAGCUGGUUUCCUCAUUGCUUAGAUGGCCACUAAGCCACAUGAAUAUAUGCCUGAGAACACACACAUGCACAUAUUAGAUAGAUGAAAAACAACACACACGCACACAAUAAUUACACACGUUGUACACAUUAAAUGCGUACAUGCACUAAAGCCUAAAUGAGGUAUUUAUGUUCAUUACCCAUUAUCUAGUUUGCAUACUUUGUCUCAGGCAGGCUGAAGUUGGAAUAUAAAGAAAAUCAACUCCAGACCUGCAGAGUCAACAUAGUAAAUACCACUUUGGGGCUCCAGGCUCCGUCUCCUUCCUUUUGUUUUUGGUCAACUUUGCUGACCGACAAAAUGACAGAGUGGACCGUUUGUUCCUUCCUUUAACUUCUUGUGUGCUUCAUACAUUCCAUUUAAACAUGCCAUGAUUUCACUUUAAAAUACUCUUUCUGAAUAUUGUUCUUGGUUUCUGUUUUUUCCACAAACCUGUAUGGUCUUUUUGGCAUAUUUAUUGUUAAGUGUACUUUUACUCACAAAUGUUAUACUUUUUAUUACAUAAAGCUUUUUUUUUAUAGUGAAGAUUGGUCAGCUUUGUGCCAGUUGACUUGGUUUGUGUUACUCCAGCCCUGAUGUGAGCCUGUGCCAAUCCCUUUUAGUAGUCUUUGUCAUAUAUGCAAAGACAGGCAGCCCCAACAACACACUCCCAGUAUCCCAGAGUCAAGCUCUGAACCAGGGCCAGUCCUUUCACCAGGUUAUCUCCACUCUUGGUUUAAACAGAUUACCUCUUACUAAUCAUCUGUCAGUGUGGCAAUUUAUAGAGUUUACUACACCACUGAUCCCUUCUCAAACAAUAACUCCAGUGCAGUACUUUUUGAUGAUGGCCUUGUAUUUCACCCUGCUGACUGUAGCCUGACAUAUCUGAUACAGUGCUUCUGCAGAAUUGCAGUCAUAAUGCCGAUUGGAAAUUAAAAUAAUUAAGUGAAGUUGUUCUUAGCAAAUGGAAAAAUUGACAAGCCUUUCAGCGUCAUUUCCUACUAAGACAACUUGUUUUUCUGAUGUUAGGAUUUUGAAAGAGGCUGUUUCAUUACUCUGUGACACGUCACCUCCAGACUGCACUCUGUUGGAGACACCACAUGUAAGAGGACUGAGAGGGGCUGCCUGCUUUGUUAAAAAGAACAUUAUAAAACCUUUAAGUGACAUCAGAGAUGCUAUUUUCAGAGCUUAAAAAUAUCUUGAAUCUAAUGUUUUUGCCUGUCUAAAUGAAAAGUAUAACAGAAUGGAUUGUAUUUUUAAUGCAACCUUUUUCCAGCCACUUUUGUAAUAAAACCAAAAUGUCAAAAACAAACAAAAAAAAGCACGAGAGGCUCUGUGGUUGUGGACGCUGUCCCUGUCUUAGAGGGCUGGAGGUGGACAUCUUCAGGCACCUCAGCAGACCUGCGUAAUGCGGCAGGGACACCUCGCCACCUCCAGCCCUUUGGGUCUCCAGCCUCAACACUCCAAACCUCCAAGCUGAAUGUACCUCUUUGAAACUAGUAUGUUCAAAACCUGAAGAUUUUCUGUAAUAAAGCAGAA